AUGUCCACUGUUCAAAAGUUAAUCGUCGUUGUGGGCGCCACGGGAUAUCAAGGUUCUUCUGUGGUAAAACAAUUUUUGACGCUUGAAAAUUGGCGUGUCCGUGCUGUGACCCGCCAGCCAUCUUCUCCAGCUGCUCGAGCUCUAGCAUCGACAGGCGCUGAAGUUGUUAAAGCAGAUCUGUCCGACCCCAGCUCUCUGUCCACUGCGUUUGAUGGUGCUCAUUCCAUUUUCGUCAACACCGAUUUCUGGGGUCAUUAUCUAAAAAUGCAGACCGGGACCGAACACAAGGACGUGAAUAACGAAGAGCUUUCCCUCGACGUAGAGGCACAAAACGGAAAAAAUGCUGCUAUCGCAGCUGCCUCUGUGCCAACUCUCGAGCGGUAUGUCUAUUCGGCUCUCGGUCCAAUGAAGAAGGUCUCAAAUGGGAAAUACUAUCGUUCGCACCAUUGGAAUUCCAAGGCGAGGGUUGUCGAGUACAUUGAAACCGAGCUGCCUGACCUUGCCAAAAAAGCCUCAUUCAUUUACCUCGGCGCGUAUUCCAAUAAUCCUUUAAUCACUCCGCAGUUGGAUCCCGUUACUGGAACUUACAAAUUCGUGUUUCCAUUCAAGAAAGAACUCAAGAUGCCUGUCGUACUUCAUGAGGAGUCGACCGGUAAAUUUGUGCAGGCUCUUAUUGAAAACGAAGACCCUGGAACCAAGCUUCUCGCUUACAACCUCUAUCCUACCCUUGCAGAGAUAACCGAACUCUGGUCUCGGGUUUCUGGAAAGUCGGCCGAUAUUAUCGAGAUUACCCCUGAGAUCAUGCACGAGCAAUCCGGCGUUCCAUGGGAGGUUCUUGAGGCGGCACUGUAUCUUCCAGAAUACGGCUAUAUGGCAGGUGUUGAUGGGUAUAUUGAGCCACCACAAUUGAAAGUGCCAGUCCAGGUAAGGUCUUUCGAGGAUUAUCUCAAGGAACAAAAGUGGUAA